AUGCACAGCUACACCACCACCACCACGACGGAUGGCCUCGAGGUGGAGGAUUCCCGGGCCAUGCUCCGAGUGGCUUCGAAGUUCCGUGCGCAGCUGGCGCGCGUGCGGAACGCCCAGGCCCAGGCGGCCGCGGUGGAGGCGUCUCCAGGCGAAAGCGAAGGAAGGCCGACCGCCUCCACGGUCGCCCCGGGCUCCUCGCGCAGCACGACCGAGCUGAAUGGAGCACCAGCGUCCCCUAGGGGCUCCGUGGGUGCCAAGAUACUGGAUCACGACCACGUGGUUUGCCUGGGCGACACCAACUCGCGGCUCCAUUGGCCUGGCCACCUGGGUGGAAUGCCCCUGCAACAGGCCCGGCAGAAGGUGCAGCAGAGGCGCUUCGGCGAACUCUUGGCCCUGGACCAGUUGGCCUUGAUGCGGCGGGACCGGAUGGCGUUCCAUGAUUUCGAGGAGCAUCCCAUCUAUUUCUUACCGUCCUACAAGUGGCAACCAGAGACUGAUGCCUAUGAUAUGCGCUCCCAGAAGCACGAAGCACCUCAUCAUCCACCAAAGCGGGGCCAGUCAGCACAAGCACAGGAGACCGCACUACCCGAGGACCAUGCUGUCUCCAAAGCCGGACUGAGCGCUUUGAGGUUUCGAAAGUUGCAACCGAGGGAGGACGAGGUCCUCGCCGCGCUGGCGGAGCAGCGCGCGGCGCCGGCGCCGGCGCCAGCAGCAGGUGGAGUGCCAAAGGAGGUCUGGAUGGGCUAUCACCGGCUCUUCGCGCGCGACUAUUUCGAACGCUGGGGUCAUUGGUCCACCGGCGGCCCACAGAAGUUGCCAGGUGCCGCUGGCGCGCCCUCGCCCGCGCCAGCCUGGACGGAUCGGAUUCUGUUCCGCUCCAAGACCAGUCCGGGGAUCAUGGUGGCGCAGUAUAACAUGCAUCAUAACCUCAAGCAGUCCGAUCAUCGCGUGAUCUUCGCCUCGCUGCGCUGCAGCUGCGACGAGCAGAUCGCAGGCCGUCGGCGGCAACGACCCACGGCUUUUGGAGAGGCAACUACCCUGGCGGUGGAGCCCAAAGAGAUCUCCUUCAAGGGUGCCAAGCCGGACGUGGCCAUGCAGCAUACCGUGCAGCUCUCGAUGGCUUGCGCGAGCGGCUUGCUGCGGCAGCGCUACGAGGUCUUCUUUGAAACACCCGGUGGCUUUGCCUGGCCACUAGCAGGAUGGAAUGCCACGUGGUGGGGCUACUGGGUGGUCUGCAUCACCGUGGAGGACUCUGUCUUGGCGAUUCGCGACGUGGACGAGAAGGGCGAAGAGACCGACUUCGAGCGCCGCCCGGUGGACACCCGAAGCGUGGAGAUCGCCGGUUACUUCAAGUAUAAGGACGACGAUGACAACCAAUGGGCCUCUGUGACUGCAGCGAGGGAGAAGAAGAAUCGUUGA